GCAGCAAUAGCGGUAUUAUCAACAACUCACAUGGUCACAGUAGCAACAUUCGGCUGUCAGACUGCUGCUCCAUAGCCUCGACGUUACCAGAGUCACGGUUUAGCUAGCUAGAAUAGCCAUCAGCUCCAUGUAUCAACAAUGGCAGUAAAGAGCAGCGGGCCGUGUACGCUGCCCAUGUGAAUGAGUGCAUGCGUACGUAAUAGUUACGUAGAACAGGCUAGAACCGAUCAGGUAGCAGCUGCGUUGACUCAUGUUUAGCCUUACUGAAACGGGUGACAGUUACGCUCGCGGGAGGCGAAACGUCGUCACGAAUCGGGUGUGGGCAUGCUUGCCACGUUCUACGACUACUGUCGUCGUAUUGUUACGGCUGCUUUGCCACGUCUAUUAUGAUAACGAGCGACAGCUGUGUUAUUAACGUAUCGUUGGGAAGUUGUGUGCGAUAGCUUCACUUCCGUUUAGUCCCGCUACCGCUGCCAGCACUAUUGCCGCCGCGCUCGUAGCGACUGGAGUGUUGUGACAAGCCGCCCGGUGCAAUGACGCGAAAGCCGGUUUCAGAGCCGAAGUGUCGAAGUCAGCUUUGGGGAGAGCGUACGGGAUGGCAGCCCUCGGCCACAGGUGGCAGCGGCAUCAACUGUAGCUCUUGUUCGUUGCUUUGUAUCGCUGGUUGGGUAGUUGAUUAGCGUGUUGCCAGAGCUUGUUGCGUCGAGUCGCAAGCGAACGGGUAGCGCGACGCUCAGCUGCCAAGCGACAAACAUAGUCGUAGCGAAAUAGCAGCGUACCCUACAAGUUAAUCAGUAGAAGAGUUUGUAGCAAUGGUAGAAGUGGCCAGUUUUCGUUGUCAAUGGAACGCAGGAUUUGCACUGAGAUCUGCUACGGUAAGCCCGCGCAACGCUCUGCUGACGCUUUGACAAGCGGCAGAUAGCUUUCCCCGAACGUUAAUAGAAAAGUACGUUCAGAUUGAUGAACAGUGUGGAAACGAAACUGAUAAAGCAAGCGAACAGACAAGGAAAUAAACGACGAACAAAAGCUAGGUGUAUUGGUAAUCGAUGCUGUGAGAUUGCUGCUCAGUCCGUGCCGAAGAAAAGUUACCAGUAGGAACGGCAGACUCUGUUUCCUCUCGAAUCGGGAUAGCUGCAGGAGGGGAAAAAUGCGCCACUAAUUAAAGUAUACGAAGAGUGAUCGUCAUCAUCUCGGCGAAAUCUACUUAGUUCGGUUUAUUCGAGGAGCGACUUGUGCACCCCCUUUACUCAGGUCAGUUGGAUGACCAACUGGGUGGACGACGAACGUCACCGAAGUGAAAACGUGCCAAAACCGUAACGGAUAUUCUCACUGUGAUACCUAAUGAAAGCGGUUGAUAACCCAGUUAGCAGUGGACUGGCAUCGCUUCGAUCGAUGAAAACGACAGCGAACUCUCAGAUCCGUGUGUAAUUGUCGUUCAUUUGAACGUACCCUACGAACGGCACGUUAAUCGAUGAAUCAAUGUUUUAAAAACUCGAAGAACUAAAUAAGCGCGGCGUACCCCCAUGACUGGAAGUUGCUUGAAUAUCGGAAUACAUAUACCUUUAGCAAAAGUGCGCUGUGUCUGUAUUGUGCAGGUGUGAGUCCGUCCGUCGAAGCGUUCUAUCGAACCUGUACUUAUAUGAGCCUGUGACGAGUUCCGUACGACAAGCCGCCAAAAUGUCGGACGUAUCAAGUGGGGUACAACUCUUGGAACGUGUUCCCGUGCCAUCGUUGGCUAGUUACACAGCGAUUAGCCUUGGAUUGUUAUCAUGCGCCACUUAUUAUAGUGUCGAAAUGUCCGCCCAAGAAGAAUGGCGAUCAAGCCCAAACAUCAGUGAGUACGUGGCCGAGGCGUGGGUUUUUCUCGGCGGAUCUAAACAUCUUCUAGAACCAAAAGAUCUCCAGACGACAUCUGAUUUCACAGAAAGACCUUCUUUAUCGCGGAUCAUCGAAAUAGUGGGUUAUAUCACCAGCGAUCCGCUCUGCGUAUGGACGGUAGUUAACAUGGCGUACUGCAUAUUAGGAUUGCUGGGGAAGUUUAUUCAUUUAGUGGUAUUUGGCCAGCUACGGAUCUCCGAGGAGCAGCAUCUGAAAGACAAGUUUUGGAAUUUUGUCUUUUACAAAUUCAUCUUUAUCUUCGGGGUCCUGAACGUGCAGCACGUCGAACAGGUUAUCGCGUGGGUGGUGUGGUUCUCUUUACUGGGAUUUCUGCAUCUCAUGACAACGCUAAGCAAGGACCGCUUUCAAUAUUUAUCUUUUUCGCCGUCAGUUCCUGUUGGGGCGCACGUCCGCCUCGUCGGGCUACUUAGCUGUAUACAGGCGGUAUGCGCGUUAUGCUUUGGCGUGUGCAUGUUGUGCGGAAUUCGCUACGGAGUUCACACGUUCGCAUUGAUGCUAGCCGAGGUGGCGCUUGUGGCUUUAAACGCUGGUUACGUUUUGGCGCGAUACGUUUACGUACCUCACGCGUCAGCAGGGGCUGGAGCAAUACCUCACGAAGUGGAAAGCGGCAAAGGUGACAAGGCUGGCGUUGCAGGUGGAGCUGGUUUUGGUGCAUGCCCCGUUUACUAUACGGAACUCGUCUUCGAAUUAGCCACACUUGCUGUCGACUUUCUUCACCAUUUGCAUAUGCUGGUGUGGACCAAUACAAUGUUGUCAAUGGCUAGUUUAGUGAUCUCAAUGCAGCUUCGUUGGGCAUUCAACGAAAUCCGACGGCGGGUCCUGAAGCACCGAAACUACCUGCGAGUCCUUCGUCACAUGAUGGUCAGCUAUCCUAUGGCGGCAGCGUCGGAACUCCGCGCAGCUGCCGACAACUGCGCCAUCUGUUGGGAGUUAAUGCUUUCAGCACGGAGACUUCCCUGCGGUCAUCUGUUCCACAAUGCGUGCCUUCGUUCGUGGCUGGAGCAGGACACAUCGUGUCCGACGUGCCGUCUGACUCUACAGUCGUCUGAUAGUCCCUCAUCAUCGGCUUUCUCUGACCGGAGUUCACUAUUUGGUGCUCUUACGCUGAGUUCGCUGAGGGUCGAAGCUGAAGCCUCGCUGAGGCCUACAAUGCCCUUACCAGCCAGAAGCCAUACGCAGCAUCUUUCCGUUGCCGACAGUGCGACAGUAGGCUCGUCCCAACAUUUUCGAGAAUCAGAUGUUGUGGAGUCUCGAACGACAACCGUAGAACCUCAGCAGCAGCAGGCCGCCACGACUAAUCAUCAUCUGUUCACGUUUGAUGGCUCUCGUUACUUCAGUUGGCUGCCGUCCGUAUCGCUUGAAGUGUCUCAUUCAAACCUACUUCGACCAGCACCUCAGGCUUCAACUUCGCCAGUUGACACGGUCGGAAUGGCGCGCCAUGUCAGCUCGAUAUCGGUUGGUUCGUCACGGGAGAUGGCAUCGACCACUUCAGUCGUUGCUGAAGUGGCUGAAGGUGUUCGUGAGUAUCCGUUUUCGAGCCCAACACGGCGCUCUUCCCGAUCAGCCACUGGUCAACAGCAAAAGCGCCGCCAUCCACUGGAACUCAGUGUGGGCCAACCAUUGCGUUCCCCUCAGCGGACGCAGAGAAUUCAGCGAACUCUGCUGCGACCGCAGCAGCAGCACCUGCCACAAACACCGCAGAAGUUCCAGCAACGUCCGAUACCCCUCCAUCGGCUCGUUCCAAUUCUUCAUGCCAACAGUGAAGGAGACAUGACAGCGAAUCAGGGCUUUAAAAUGUCGUCGGGCGUUGGGACCCAACGCGGCGAUCUCGACCGACCCCGGCCUCUGCCGUUCGACUGCAAACAACUCUGGACCUGUCUCGAGUCUUCUUCAUAUCAGCCCACAUUAAGCCCAGGCGGCCAGGUCGCAGGUCAAAAUCAAGAGACGCGUGGACUGCUUGUACCUAUGGACGAAGACAAAGUGCAGCCGAUUAUGGGUCAGCGGGCCGAGGGAAUGCGCGAGCCAUUAGUGACUGCCAGUGCCGCCAUUAGAUAUCGUCGUGUGCACCAGAGAAAACUGGAUCUCGUCGAAGCGUCGCGCAGGAAAUUUCUCGAGCGUGUUGAGAAACAACAGUCUUGAUCGCAACAAGCAGAAUUAGCUCAUUCUCGUCAAUCGUCAUACCGCCCCAUGUGUAGAUUACGGAAGCGAAUUACCGGAAAGAACCGUCCAGCCGGAAACAUUUGGGAACAAUUCAAAUUAAUGAAGUUCAACAAACGUUCAAUGCCAGAGCAUACGGAAACUCAUACUCGACUAUCUAAUUGUGCAGCAAGAUAUCAGUAAAGCUUUAUAGAGAGGAAGAAAAAGCCCACUCCAACAUCGCAGUAGAAUUGUCCAUUGGCUAUCCAGACGUCGGGUUUAGGGGCAAGCAAGUGGCCGACCGUCGAUAUGCUUCGACCCAAAGAUGUCCAGCUUCCUGCUAAGGAUACCUUUAAUCUUGACGGUUUAACCACAGCGAACCUGAAUUAUUGGAAAUGUUAAAGAAGACAAGCUAUACAACGGAAUUAGAGAAUCCUAAAUAACCAGGUUAACGUCUGCCACUGCUCCCUUGUGAGACGACAGACUAAUGUAGCGGCAGUUACUCGAUACAUUGUCAAGUACUUAAUAUAUAUACGAAUAUAUAUAUAUAUAUAUAGAACACAUUUGGACCCCAAAAAUUUAUAAUCUCAAACUUCUUAUCAUCUAGCAAUUGUGGUCACGUGUGCCUUAAUUCAAUCUGAAUUAAUCUAAGAUAUAAUAAUAAUAAUAAAAAAAAGAUAAUAAUAAUAAUAAAGAUAAGAUAAUCUAAGAAAUCUAAAUGGGUGUGUAUAUAGGUAAACCUUUAUUAGUGGCCGUCGGUUCUUCAAAAAGGUAGUAAAGGAAAAGUGAGAAAAAUCUUCAAAUAAUUGAGCAUAGUAGUCCGAUAAUACAAAGCCGGCAGAUGUGAG